CUCCAGAGUCCAGCUGGUUCUGGUUCUGGCCUCAGAGCUUGUCCAGAGGACACCCAUCGCCAUGGCGACAAAGAUGGGCUGGUGGGAUUGGAGCUGUGGAACCAGUAGCUAUUUUCCUUUGGACUUUAUGUUGCUAUGGUGAUGAUCAUCCUAUGAUCCCCAGCAUGAUGCUGCCCAGCCUGGAUCGGGGGUUAUGGACUUUACUGCUGAAUGAACAUCUGACGGAGCCCCCGGCAUGUAGAACCAGCACUCGCGCCGCAUCUCAUGCCCAUAUAAGGCAUCGUUGAGCGGCUGCUCGACCCGCCGCGGCUUCCACUGAGCGGCUCCACGCCGCCCUCUGCUGCUGGAAGAAGGAACUGUACCUGGUGCUUUCUGCUGAGCUUCUGAAAUGAUUUCUAAAUAAUUACUUUGUGGAUUUGUGAAUGUCUGAUGUGUUUGUCUUCUUUGAUUAAAUUAAAUAGAUUGAUUUUAUGAUCCUGCUGCAUGAUUUCUAUAAAUCAGCGGGAUUUAUUUUAGUUUACUGAUGAGUGUUUUGAGUUUUUUUUCCUUCUUUUGUGUCAUAAUUUCACCAAAUUAAAAGUAAAACUCUUGAUUUGGCGUAAAUUACAUUCAAACUGUCAUUUUAAAAGACUAUUUAUUCAUAUACUUGAGCAGAGCGGCUCCACAGCCCCACCUGCACAGCUGGCAGUUCAACACAUCUGCGCCAUCUGCUGGCCGUUCGUGGAACUGCACGCCGACAUGAGCUGAAUAUCUGCAGAGUUCAUGUUUUUAAAAUAAUCAAAAAGGGAAAUCAAAUAAUGAUUUUUCCUAAUCAAACCUUUUCAUCCUUCAAGCUGCUUUCUGAUCCAGAAACAGAACCUGACCCACUUUCAGCAACACCGGAACAGAACAGACCUGAUCCUGAACGCAGCCCUGCUGGGUCCGCCCCUGGCGCCAGCGCCCAAUCAGAGCCCGGCGAGUGGGAGGCGGAGUCCCGUCAUUGGCUGCUGCCGGGUGAACCAAACCCCUCUCUCCCCUCCAUCCAAAGCUGCGGAUCUGCGGUGAGGCACUCGCUCUGCGUGGCGGUGCGUGGCGGGUCUGACCUUCCCCAUAUAGCUGCAGGUGUGUGCGGGAAGCUCAUCUGAUGAAAGUCAUUGAUCGGUCGGGCUGUGACGUCACUCAGGCCGCGGCUGCAGGUAGAAGGUGUCCGGCCGCCUGGGAGGGAAAGGAGCGGCUGAGCAUCAUGGGUAAUAGCGACAGCGUGACGGUGCAGAAGCGGAUGGCCCGGUUCCGUCCAGAGGAGCGGUCCGUGAUCGAUGGCGUGUUUGAGCGUUUGCAAGCCGGCCGCCCGGGGAAGAGACUCCAGCUGGAGGCGCUGCAGGCGACCCUGGUACCCAUCGCCAUGGUGACCAGGAUGGUCAUGGCCAUGUCCCACAAUGCAGCGGGGCGGCCGCAGGCAGUCAGCCGCCAGCAGGUGGCGGCGUUCCUGGAGGACCUGAUCACUGCUGUAGUUCACAUCCUGACCAGCAGGGGGCGCCUGCAGGGCUGGAGGCCACAGCAGAUGGGCGACACGGUGCUGGGGGUCAAGCUGCUGGCUGAGCAGAUGACCUCUGACCUCAGGCCUUCAGACCCGGAGACCUGCAACCUGUCCUGUCUGGAGGACUGGGUCUUCCGGGUGGCCCAGGUCUCCCAGUACCUGGAGGUUCUGGUGGCCGAGGGCCUGGACGUUUCCCUGAGCGGCUGGACGGCGCCGGCCCUGCUGCCGCCCUGCCGGGACACGGACUGGACCCACCUGACCGUUCUGCUGGAUGUCCCCACGCUCAUGUUCCUGGCUCAGCAGCUGCCAGACGGCUGCAACGCCCCCUGGAGGCUGGUCUUCUCCAUGCAGCUGCACGGGGAGAGCUUCACCAAGAUGGCCGCCGCUCUGCAGCACCACGGCCCCACGAUGCUGCUGCUGCGGGACAGCCGGGGCCACGUGUUCGGGGGCUACGCCUCCACCGCCUGGGAGCUCAAGCCCCAGUUCCAGGGUGACUCAAGAUGCUUCCUGUUCUCUGUCUUCCCCACGCUGAGGGUUUACACGGCGACAGGAUACAACGAACACUUCAUGUACCUGAACCAGCACCAGCAGACGAUGCCCAACGGACUGGGCAUGGGGGGUCAACACGACUACUUCGGCCUGUGGCUGGACAGCGACUUCGGCCGCGGUCACAGCCGCGCUCGACCCAAAUGCACGACAUACGGAAACCCGCAGCUGUCGGCCGACGAGGACUUCGUCCUGGACGCUGUGGAGGUUUGGGCCACAGGGAACCCGCCGGCGCUGCCCGAGGACGAGGAAGAGGAGGAGGGGAAGAAGAGCAUCCUGAAGGUGGAUCAGGAGGUCCAGGCCAUGAUGGAGCUGACAGGGAAGACUCUGCACAGCGAGGGCUUCAAUGAGCUGCAGGAUGACUUUGACUAGGCCAUGUGUGGCUGCAUGGACAGGAGAUGCUGCGUUCUGCUUCCUCACCCCCAGAUUGUUGUUCCAGUUGGAUCUUCGGCCCCCUGCAGGCCUCCAGGUUGAACUGCAGCUCAGCCCCUCCCCCACCCGUUACUGGCAGCAGCCCUGUUUGCAUGGGAGUCCUCUGACUGUAGAAGGGUUUCUGGAUGUUCAAUAGUUGAUGGUUAGUUUGUGAGAAGAGCCUUAGUUUUGGUGCCCAAAGUGUGGCCUGGGGGCCUUUGAGGCCCUUGAAAGGAUUUUGUUUGGCCCCUGACCACAAGUCAAGAAAUGUAAAAAUUUUGGCCAAUUUCAGAGUCUCCAAACUGACAUUUAGGAAAAUAUCUGUUUUUCUUUUAAUAAGCCAACAAUCCGAAGAUUUGGGGCAUUAAGACAAAAGUCUUAAUGCUCCAGAAAUGAGGCCGAUAAUUUCACUUAUAACAGAUUAUGUCCAACUGAAAUAAUCUGAUAACUUUUUCAGCAAAUUUGAAUGUAAGUUAGUUUUGUCUUAUUUCCAGCCUGCUGAGAUGUUUGCUCUAGAAACUUUAAAUACUUGGUCAGGUUUAGUGUUUGUUGAAACUGUUUUUGCAGUUUCAACAAAUUUCAUUAAAAAAAACUUUUGUUGAGCAGGUAAAACUAAAAAAGAAAAAAUUUAAUAACCACAAAUGUUUGCAUUUUUAAUUCAAUGACAUUUGGCUGCUUUAAAUUAAUCAGUUUUGGCCCCAAGGGCAAAAAGUUUGGUUCCCUUAUUCAAUGGUUGAUGAGUUGAAGCAGAAAGAGCUGCUGCUGACCCGGUCCAAACCCGGUCCAGUUCAGAACCUGCCUGGACCCGGUUAUUUUUUUAUCUUGGGUUAUUUAAGAGACAAAACGACUGUUGGAGAUGAUCUUCAAAUCUGUUUCAGUCUGAAACGUUCUGCUGAUUUUUGAUUGCAUGUGGUUCAUAUCUUGUCCUGUGUGUGUGUGUGUGUGUGUGUGUGUAGUGAUUAUUGCAGUGCUGUAUCGAUGUAGUAAAGCUCCUGAUCAACGUGA